UUAUAAAAGGGCUGCAAGAUUAAUUUCUGUAGUCCUGAUGCAGUUGUGCACCUGUGAGCAGAGGUUUAUAAGAUAGCAUGGCUCUGCAACAGGUGAUAUUUUUAGGAAUAAUUAUUGUAUUCUCAGGCCACAUCUAUUCUGUGUUUGCAGCUCAAAAUGUGUGUAAGACGUAUGGCAGCGGCAUCUUUUAUACCUUCAACAAAACAGCAUUUCAUCUGAAGUCCACAUGUCCUGUAACACUCACACGCUUCACUCAUGCUGGAGUGGACUGUCAUAUCAUCGUCCAGCGUGGACCGAACGGCCUGAUGGACAGAGUGGAGAUCAUCGUGAAUAAAAUCACGACCCUCAUUCACAAUAACACUGUCACAGUGGAAGGCAGCAGAAUUUCCCUUCCAUACGACCACACCUAUCAAUAUGUGUUUCAUUAUGGAGUCUAUACCAGGCUCCAAAGCAAAGUUUUGCCAUUGUCUGUCACCUGGUACAGUGUCUCUAAUGGUGUCAGUUCACUCUGGGUGCAACUGGACCAGGUUUUAGCAGAGGGUAUGAGUGGACUUUGUGGGCACCAGAACAGCACAGAAACUAUGCAGCAGCUGAUAACUACCAGUGUUCUCUCUGAUGGACAAUGCCUGACACAAGACUCUGUUGCACUGAAAAAUACAGUUUGUAGAGAUGUUUUGUCUCAUGCUUACGAAUGUCUCGGCACUAAAUAUCAAACCUAUAUGACUCUAUGUUAUAAAAAUAUGAAUGGCUUGUGGCAUCAGGAAGCAAACUGCUCCUUUUUUAAAGAACUCUCGCUUAUGUGUGGGAGCUCCAAUCCAGUGUGGUCAGUAUGGAGAUCGAAAAGCAGCUGCUCCAAACCUCUUUGUCCUGGAGACCUGCACUAUAUGGAGAUGGGUCCCGCUUUCCCCCCAACCUGCAGCAACCCACAGAAUUACACCACAGAAUUGACUAGCACCUGUCUGCCUGCUGAAGGAAAGGUCCUGAAUGAUCAUGCUGAUGGUUACCAUUCCAUAAAUUUGGAGGAAUGUCCAUGUGUACAUGUGAAAAUAAUGUAUGAACCAGGGCAGGAACGCAGAACAAAGUGCCAGACCUGUACCUGCAUCAGAGGCAAAUGGGCAUGUUCUGCAAACAUAUGCCCAGCCAAGUGUAUUAUUGAGGGCCAAUUCAUCUCUACAUUUGAUGGCAAACAGUAUUCUCUACUAGACAGAUGCACAUUUGUGGCUGCAAGGGGGCUUAACUGGACAUUGAACAUUCAGUAUUCUGGGCAAGCUGUUGUCAUAGAAAAGGCAUAUCUUAAUAUCAACCAGGAAAGAUAUACCUUCUCUGCAAACAGCAUACAAAUGAACAAUAUAGAAAUCAGUGAUCUGUCACAGACUGAGUCAACCACAGUCUUUUGGCAGUCUUCAAUGUUCAUUCAAGUUCAGACUUCAUUUGGCCUGAAAAUGCAAGUUCAGGUCUCUCCAGAAAUUCAAAUAUAUUUGAAUUUGCCAUCAACCGAAAAUACCAAAGGUCUCUGUGGAACUUUUAAUAAUGACACAAGUGAUGACUUCACCACUUUUAGUGGGAUCAUAGAAAGUUCAAUUCAGCUUUUUGCCCAGUCCUGGUCAAUGGGCAGUUGUACCCCAAUUACUGGAUGCAUCAACACUGACAAUGAAAUAUUUGCUGAGGAGAACUGUGACCAACUGAAAGAUCCAGAAGGAGUGUUUGCCGUGUGUCAUGAUUAUGUACCUGUUUCGCCAUUUGUUGAGGCUUGUGUAAAGAGAACAUGUCAGUGCUCAGCUGCAUUACAGGAAUGUUUGUGUGUCUCCUUUGGAAACUAUGCAAAAGCCUGUGCAACUCAAGGGAUCACUGUUAAGGACUGGAGAUCAGAAACAAACUGCAUUCCUUCGUGCAUGGGCAACCUGAGGUUUGCUUAUGCCAUUUUGGCAUGUAACCAUACCUGCCGUUCCCUCUCGGGCCCUGAUGCCACCUGUGAGGUGGUGGACGACCCUGUGGAGGGGUGUGGAUGCACGUCAGACUCUCACCUGAGCAAUCAACUGACCUGCAGUCCUCGCUCACUGUGCAGCUGUUACCACCCAGGAGGCGUCACACCUCCAGGUCCAGUAGUUAUUGGUGGACGCCAGUGCUUGUGUGAAAAUGGACAACUUCAUUGUCCCAAAAUUUGCAAUUGCACAGUGGGAAAGAUUUGUGUGGAUUGUUUACAAAUACCCGUGAACACGGCCCAUAGGACAUGUGAAAGCUUGACCAAACCCACAACUGAUGACAGUAGCUGUGUCAGUGGCUGUUAUUGUCCGGGGGGGCUUUUUGAAGAUCACAACGGUGGUUGUGUGACUCAUGAAAACUGCACCUGUGAAUUCAGUGGGAGGGUGUAUGAAACUGGGCAGAGUGUGGAGACAAACUGUAAAAUAUGCACAUGUAGAGGUGGUGAGUGGUCUUGUGUUGAUGAGGCAUGUUCAGGAGUAUGUGAGGUUUUCGGGAAUGGGCAAUACCACACUUUUGACUCCAAAUGGUACAAAUUCGAUGGCCACUGUCAGUACACCCUAGUGAAGGACGCAGGUUCAAGUGAACAGUUUGCAAUUAAAACUGAGAGUGUUCCUUGCUGUGAUGAGUCUUUGACGUGUUCCCGCGCCAUCUCAGUGGAGCUCCUGGGUGUAGUGACUCUGAUGUUGAGCGAUAUGAAGGUAACUGAAAGACAGGUGGGGGAAGCAUUGCUGGCAGAGCCUCUUUAUUCCAUCCAGACUGUGGGCCUCUACAUCAUCAUUAUAGCUCCCAGACUGGGCAUCACUGUAAUCUGGGACAAACACACCAGGGUCACCAUCCAACUAGAGCCUCAGUGGAGAGGUCAAGUGUUAGGACUCUGUGGGAACUUUGAUGGAAAGGUGACAAAUGACCUUCUGACAAGCAGCUCCUCAGAAGUUUUCAGUGUUCUGGACUUUGGGAAUAGUUGGAAGACAGCAGCUCCGCCAUGCUCUGAUGUGACCCAUGAAAUAUUUCCCUGUGAACGUCACUCCUACUGUGCAGCCUGGGCUCAGCGGCGAUGUAUGAUCCUUAGAUCGGACACCUUUAAAGAUUGCCAUCUGAAGGUUGAUCCAGAGCCUUAUUACCAGGCCUGUGUUUUGGAGUCCUGUUCUUGUGAGUUUGAGGGAAAGUUUCUCGGUUUCUGUACUGCUGUCUCAGCUUACGCAGAGGCAUGCAGUGCAAAGGACGUCUGCAUCAACUGGAGAUCCCCAGAUUUGUGUCCUGUGUAUUGUGAUUAUUACAAUGACGUGGGCCAAAGCACCUGGCAUUACGAUCCCUGUGGCCAGGUUAAGACCUGUGGCACUAAUAAACACUUUACAGGAAAACUUGAAGGUUGUUAUCCAAGAUGCCCUGAGGAGACCCCAUAUUAUGAUGAAAACAUUGGUAAAUGCACCACUUUGGACAACUGCACUUGUAACAUCAUGAACAGAGUGUUGUCACCUCCUGAUGAAAUAUGCACUCCCUAUAAAUGCUGUAAAUGCUUUGAUGGACAAAUCGUCUGCAUUCCAACGACUACAACUACAACUACGACUACAAUUUAUUACACAUCAACAGCUCAGCCACCUACAACUGCAGUGACCCACACUACCACAACACAACCACCAACAACUCAGAGCACAACAAAAUAUACAACACAAUCACCAACAACUGCGAGAACAACAAAAUACCCAACGCAAACAUCAACAACUGAGAAGACAACAGAAUCAUACACAACUCCAAUUAAAGAAACAACUACAACACAACCAUCAACAACUCAGAGCACAUCAGAACCACAUACAACUCCAGUAGAAAAAACAACCACACCAUAUCGAUCGACAAAAGAGAGCACAACAGAAUCAUAUACAACAUCAAGGGAAGAAACAACAACACAGCCCCCAACUUCACAGAGCACAACAGGAUACACAACACAACUACCAACAACUGAGAUCACAUCAGAAUCAUAUACAACUCCAGUGAAAAUCACAACAACAUCACAACCACCAACUUCAGAGAGCACCACUGAAUACAGAACACAACUGCCAACAACUGAGAGCACAACAGAAUCUAAUACAACUCCAGAGGAAGAAACAACCACAACACAACCACCAACAACUGAGAGCACAACCGAAUAUACAACUCCAGAGGAAGAAACAACCACAACACACCCACCGACAACUGAGAGCACAACCGAAUAUAGAACCACAAAACAACAAUCAACAACUGAGCGCACAACAGAAGCAUAUACAACUCCAGAGGAAGAAACAACCACAACACAACCACCAACAACUGAGAGCACAACCGAAUAUAGAACCACAAAACAACAAUCAACAACUGAGCACACAACAGAAGCAUAUACAACUCCAGGGGAAGAAACAACAACAACAACACCACAGCCACCGACUUCACAGAGCACACUAGAAUACACAACACAACUACCAACAACUGAGCACACAACAGAAGUAUAUACAACUCCAGAGGAAGAAACAACCAUAACACAACCACCAACAACUGAGAGCACAACUGAAUAUACAACUCCAGAGGAAGAAACAACCACAACACACCCGCCGAUAACUGAGACCACAACUGAAUAUACAACCACAAAACAAUCAAAACUGAGCGCACAACAGAAGCAUAUACAACUCCAGAGGAAGAAACAACAACUAACACAGCCACCGACUUCACAGAGCACACUAGAAUACACAACACAACUACCAACAACUGAGCACACAACAGAAGUAUAUACAACUCCAGAGGAAGAAACAACCACAACACAACCACCAACAACUGAGAGCACAACCGAAUAUAGAACCACAAAACAGCAAUCUGAGCACACAACAGAAGUAUAUACAACUCCAGAGGAAGAAACAACCACAACACAACCACCAACAACUGAGAGCACAACCAAAUAUACAACCACAAAACGGAAAUCAACAACUGAGCACAUAACAGAAGUAUAUACAACUACAGUGGAAGAAACAACAACACAGUCAUCAACUUCACAAAGCACAACAGAAUACACAACACAACAACCAACAACAGAAGCAUAUACAACUCCAGUGGAAGAAACAACCACAACACGACCACCAACAACUAAGAGCACAACCGAAUAUAGAACCACAACACAACCACCAACAACUGAGAGCACAACAGAAGCAUAUACAACUGCAAAGGAAGAAACAACCACAACACAACCACCAACAACUGAGAGCACAACCAAAUAUACAACUGAGCACACAACAGAAGUAUAUACAACUCCAGUGGAAGAAACAUCAACACAGUCAUCAACUUCACAAAGCACAACAGAGUACACAACCACAACACAACUACCAACAUCCGAGAGCAGAACUUCAAUAGAAGUCACAACCCAAACACUACUACCAACAGAGUACCCAACCACAACACAACUACUAACAACUGAGAGCACAACAGAAUAUAAAACCACAACACACCGACUAACGCGUGAGAGCACAACUCAACCACCCACAAUGCCAACAGAACACGCAAACACAACUCAGCCAACAACUGAAGCUACAACCUCAGUAAAAUAUUCCACUCCAGUGUCAACGGUGUCCACAACAGAUUUUUUUAUAGUUACUGGCACUACUGUCACCAUUCCAACUUCACAUCAAGUGCGUGUUACUACUAUAAAUCCGACAACAAUGACUCCUUCAACAAUGACUUCUUCAAUGAUGACUCCUUUAACGAUGACCCCUUCAACAGUGAUGCCUCAAUUCAGUACUACAAUACCUACCACUGAACACUCAACUCCAGUGUGCGAGUGCAAAGAUGUGAUGCGAAAUCAAAGCUGGUCAUGUGGAGAAACUUGGAGAGAGGAUUGUGCUGAUAAAGUAUGUAAGGCUGGAGUGAUUGAGGUAAAAUCCAUAACCUGCCCAACACCCAAAAUCAAGAUGGAUUGCCCUAGAGAUAAGAUGUCUUUGGUCAAAGAUGAAGAGACUUGCUGUGAGAGCUGGAAGUGUGACUGUCAGUGUCAAAUUUAUGGAGACCCUCACUACAUUUCCUUCCAGGGCAUUGCUUUUGACUUUAUGGACAACUGCACCUACACUCUAGUGGAGGAGCAAGUACAGCAACACAGAUUAAGCAUUACUGUAGACAACUACUACUGUGUGCCGGACAUUGAUAAUUCCUGUUCUAGAGGCAUCACAUUGAAGUACUGGAAUGACAUUGUCACACUUAUGGUAACAGAGGAGUAUACAGUGGAGUCUACUUUGAACCAGGAGACUAUAAAGCCACCAUAUGAAAAUCAGGUCUUCAAGUUUGAAAGCAGUGAUAGCCAGGUCUACAUUUACAUCAAACCUAUCCGUUCCUAUGUUGCUCUUUCGCAAUUCAACAAUCUUUUAAUCAACCUGGCUACAGAGCACUUCCAAAACAACACCCAAGGACAGUGUGGUGUAUGUGGUGGUCAGUCGUGCAUACGAAGAAAUAGAGUAGUUGAAGAUGACAACUGCUGUGAUAAGACUGCAUAUGAUUGGGUCGUAGAAGACCCUCUGAAACCCUACUGCAGAUCUUCACCCACCAAUGUUCCUUGUGUCCCUACCACAUCUACACCUCAAUCUACACCCUCAAUCCCUACCGAACCCCCCUGCAAUCCUCCAAUAUGUGACCUUCUUCACCAUGAGGUGUUUGCGGAGUGCAAUGAAAGAAUCAGUUUUACGUCUGUGGAGAAGAACUGCCGGUUUGACUACUGUUCAUUCAAUAGCAGUGUUGGUGCUUGUUCCUCUCUGGAGUACGCAGCAUCAGAGUGCAAGAGGAUUGGUGUUUGUGUGGACUGGAGAUACCUUACCAAUGGCUCCUGUGAGAUCACAUGUCCUGAAGGAAUGGUGUACGAUGAGUGUCGAGAGUCUCCAAAUGCUGUCUGCCGAAGAGGAGUUCGUGUGCCUGCGACAUCUGUGGUUGGUCUGAGAUCCGGCUGCUUUUGUCCUGAUGAACAAAUGCUUGCAGAAGAUCACAAGCAAAUCUGUGUGUCUGAAUGCACAAUGUGCAAAGGGCCUUUGGGUGAGCCCAUGCCGGUGGGGGCAGUAUGGGAAUCAAACUGUCACAUAUGCACAUGUAAUAACCAGACUAGGACUGAAGAGUGCAUACCCAAACCUCCAGGACCUACUCCAGUCUGCAGCGCCUUCUCUGUCCUGGUUUCUGACUGCUGUGACAAUCAGAUCUGCGUUGAGAAGAAUUGCGAGUACAAUGGAAGGACUUACAAGGUGGGUGAUCGGUGGAGAGACUCCUCACGUCCUUGUGAGUCUUUUAGCUGCAGUGAGACAGGAACUGAGGUUGAGAAAACCGUGUGUCCACUGCAAACCUGUGACGAGGAUUUACGAGUGUGGGAUGAACAUCAUUGCUGCUAUUCAUGUAAUGCUACAUGUGCUGCCAGAGUGACAAGGACGAACGUCACAAUUGCUGACUGCACACAGGAAGUCGAGCUGCCCAUUUGUGAGGGCCAGUGUAAGACACACAACAGGUGGGUUCAUACUAAUGGGACACUGCAGCUUGAACAGAGUCACCAGUGCUGUACGGAGAAAGGUUAUGAGAUGAGAGAAAUCAUGCUGACUUGCAGCAAAAGCUCUCUGACCCACUUCACAUACAGACAUGUCACACGCUGUGAAUGCAAGGCCGAAGGUUAAGUUUACCUGACAUAAAAAUGUAUGAAAAUCUUAGUUAAUGUUAAAUGUGAUUACCUUUGGUGUGUGUGUUGUUUAUGUAUAAUUAAUAAUUAGCUUCUGAUGUAUGGAAUGAUUUAGUUUCAAGCUAAACUAACAUAUUUCUUUCAUUUGUACUUUUUGUUACGGUUUGAAAUGCUCAAGGGAAUCAACUUCAACCUCAUUGAUUGUCAAACAUCUGCCUGGCAGUCUGUGCCAAAAUCAAUUAUUUUUCUUGUCUAAAUAAUAAUCCCUGUGUAUUUUAUCUCAUUUUGCCAUAAACCUACUGCAAUGUGAUAUAUAUUUCACAUAGUUUUUUAGUUAUCAUUUUAAUUUGAACUAUUCAGUUCUCUGUCCAUGUCACAUGAAUAAUGUCAUGCUUAUAUGUAUCUGUACUUUGAAUGUGAUUUCAUGACUAAAUCAAACCUGUGAUUGUAAUCCACUUUCUGGAUUCAUAAUUCAUAAUAAUCAUUAAUUAGAUAAUAAAUGAAUAUGAAACAUGGUA